UUUCGCGUUUCCAGUUAGCGGUAUAAACUUCCGGCUGUCCGCGGCUCUGUAACGGAUCGGUGUAUUCGGUUGUGUUGUCGGUGUGUCCGUGAUGGCGGCGCUUCACCCCGGAGACCCGCAGCUCGUGUCGGUGAUCGUGAAUCAUCUGAAGACCGAAGGACUGUUCGACCAGUUCCGCAGAGACUGCCUGGCGGACGUGGACACAAAGCCGGCAUAUCUGCACCUGCGGCAGCGUGUUGACAACUUUGUGUCCAAUCAUCUGGCAAACCACACCUGGAGCCCACAGCUGAACAAGAACCAGCUGAGGAACAGCAUCAGACAGCUGGUGCAGCAGUCAGGUAUGCUGGAGCAGGGUGUGGACCGGAUCGUGGCUCAGGUUGUGGAUCCGAAGGUCCAUCACACCUUCCGUCCGCAGGUGGAGCGAAUCGUGCGCAGGUUCCUGUCUCCACACAGUCACCUGGAGGAGGAGGAGCUACCUGCUGUAGCCCCGCCCCUUCCUGCAGAACACCUGGAAGCUGAAGUGCUGAUCCAGGACGAUGCUGCUGUGAGUUGGAGUGCUGAUGUUCAGAUGUCAGAGAGUGCUGGUGCGGAGUCCAACCUGGAGCUCAGUGUGGAGGAGAUGGACAUCAGUCUGCCAGAGGAGGAGGAGGAGCUACAGCUGAAGGAGGAGGAGCCACUGCUGGAGGAGGAGGAGCAGCCACAGGUAAAGGAGGAGGAGCCACAUGUGAAGGAGGCAGAGCUGGAGACUCAGGAGGCGGUGCUAAAGGAGGAGCCAAAGGAGGAGGCAGACGCCAGCAAGGAGACCAGCAGUAAGUCCUCAGGGAAAAGCAGAGAGGAAAACCCGGAGACAGACUCCCAGAAGCCCACCAGCGUCAAGCAGAAGACCAGAGAGCGGCUGAGAGAAGAGUACUCCUUGGAGGACUCAGAUCUGGAGGGUCUGAGCGACAUCACAGUGAGUUCAGUUCACACCAGUGAUCUGUCCUCGUUUGAGGGCGACAGUGAAGAGGAUGAGGCUCCAUCUGAAUCCACAGAGGAGGGAGAGAUCAGCUCUGAGGAGGAUGGUGGCAGGAAGACUCCAGCAGACGGCUCAGACAGGAAGCCUCGAGGUGUGCGUCAGGGUUACGUCCACAAGCCCUUCCUGUAUUCUCGUUACUAUAGCGACUCUGAUGACGAGGUGACGGUGGAGCAGCGGCGGCGCUCUGUGGCUAAAGAGAAAGAGGAGCGCCUGCUGAAGCGGCAGCAGAACCGCGAGCGCAUGGAGGAGAAGCGCAGACUCAGAGCAGCCCAGAGAGAGGAGCAGGAGCGUAAGAAACAGGCGAGUGUGUGUGCGGAUGCAAGACCUCGAGCUAAAGAGGCUCGAAAAGAGAAGAAGUUCCUGGAGAAGAAGGUGGCUCUGAGCCGGCAGAGGAAGAGAGACUCCAGAAAAGAGGACGACAGGAAGAGGAGCGACACUGAAGGAGACUCACUCAACAAAGAGGUAAAGCCCGCAGGUCAGAGGUCAGGGCGUGUAGACGAGCAGCGCAGGAAGAAAUCCGACACAGAGGAGAAACUCUGCGACAGAAACCGCGUUCACUCCUUCAUCCUGGACCUGGAGUCGGGGACAGAGGAGCGGCAGAGGACUAAAACCGCUCGCAAGGAAGUGCACUUAAAAGACAAAGAGCGAAAGGAUGAACACAAGCUCAAACACAAACUCAAGAUGGACAGCAGAAAGUCCACAGACACCGACGAAAAAGAUGGAGGAGCUGGGAAAGGAGGAGCAGAGGAGAAGAAGGGGUCAAAGGUCAAACCAGACAGGAAGAGCUCCGUGACCUCCAAAGACACCAAAACACCAGAAGCUGCGGACGAAGCGAACCUGAAGAAAGGAAAGAUGGCCGCCGAUGCAAAAGACAAGGAGAAACCCAAGACAAGUGGUAAGAGUGAGUCAAAGCUGCUACGGCGUCUGGACUCCACCGGCUCCUCGGAGGAGAGGUCAGAGGUCGAGACGGGGUCAGAGGUCAACAGGAAGAAGGACAAGCACCCUAAAGAGAUGCUGAAGAGGUCAAAGAGUCACCCAGAGCCGCACCCUGAGGCGAGACCCGGGGAGAAGCUGAAGGUGCGAGCCGACAGGAGAGAUUCAUCAGUGGACAAAACUCAAGCACAGAAAUCCGGCUCUGAACCCGAGGGCGACGGCCGCAAGCCAGAGACCAGCCUGAAGAGUAAAACCCUGCUGGAGAAACACAGAUCCAAAUCCCAGAAUCCUGCUGGAGGAAAACCAGAGAGAAAAACUGAAGCCAAGAGUAAACCUGCAGAAGAUAAGAGAGAGGAGAAGAAAACCUCGGAGGAGAAGCUGAGAGACACAAAGGUGAGGAAACUGAAGGUGCAGAAGGACUCCAAGUUCGAGGAGGAGAGUCUGGACAGCGCUGCCGUCUCCAGCUCCACACCUGUAUCUGAUGACCCAUUCGCCGCUCUAAGCGACGUCACGCCCGAGUCAGAGGAUGAGGAGGUGGAGCCAAAAGAGCCCCGCCCACUGUCAGCAGAGGCCGACGCCCUCCUGAGCCUGAUGGACAUCUCUGUGCGGCGGGACGUGGAGGCCGAUAUGAAGAUGCAGGAGGCGGCGCUCACUCUGCUCUCCAUGGGUCCUGAUGCUGGACGCUCUUCCGAUGUUGUUGCCGCAGAUGAUCAGGUUGCCAUGCAGACGGUUGCUACGGACCCAGAGGAUGCAGGAAGUCUGCCGGAAUGUGCUGCGGCUGAUGCAGCUGCACCUGCCGCCACAGUGGAGCCCAUGGAGACAGAAUCUCUGAGGCUCCAGGAAGUGACAUCACAGUCCGGGGAUGAGCAGAAAGAGGAGAGAGACACACACACUCACACCACAGACACCGCGCAGACCCUCAGUGCAGAUACAGCAGAGCCCACACUGGAGAACACUGCAGCAGACGAGCCAAUGCAGACCCCCAGUGCAGACGCAGCAGAACCACUAGAACCCGUCACUGCAGCAGAACCAGCGUCACCCGUCACUGAGGAUGCAGCCGAGCAGAGGCAGACCUCCAGUGCAGACGAGACUCCUGCGCAGACCCUUCCUAAACACACAGCGGAGACUCACACGCCAACCACAGUAAACCCAGCAGAACCCACAGCUGAGUCUGCGCAGAUGGAGGAGUCAGAUGAACCUGAACCUGUGCAGAUCCUCAGUGCAGGAACAGCAGAGUCUGCGCAGACACAUGCAGCAGAGGAACCUGCGCAGACACAUGCAGCAGAUGAGGCUGAGUCUGCGCAGACUCUUACAGCAGAUACAGAGUCUGCGCAGACACGUAACGCUGAUCUAAAUGAGCCUGUGCUCAAGAUGAAUGCAGACCAAGCUGAACAUGUGCAGACACACAGUGCAGAUGACGCUGAGUGUGUGCAGACCCCGACUGCAGAGACCAUGCGCAUAUAUAAUGCAGAUGCAGAUGUACCUGCGCAGACAAUUCAUGCAGAUGAAGCUGAGUCUGUGCAGACGCCAACAGCAGAAACAGAUGAACCUGUGGAGACUGCUGAUGCAGAUACAUCAGAGCCUGCGCAGACGCUAACAGCAGAUGAAGCCGACUCUGCGCAGACACAUAUUGCAGAUACAGAGCCUGCGCAGACGCUAACAGCAGAUACAGUCAAGACACUUAAUGCAGACGAAGCCGAGCCAGUGCAGACUGUAGAUCAAGAUGAAACUGUGCAGAUGGUUGAUGCAGAUGAAGUGGAGUCUGCGCAGACGCUAACAACAGAAACAGAUGGAACUGCGGAGAUGGAUAACGCAGAGCCUGCGCACACACUGACAGCAAAUGAGGCCGAACAUGAGCUAACAGCAGAUGAAGCCAAAUCAGCGCAGACGCUAACAGCAGAUGAAGCCGACUCAGCGCAGACGCUAACAGCAGAUGAAGCCAAAUCAGCGCAGACGCUAACAGCAGAUGAAGCCAACUCAGCGCAGACGCUAACAGCAGAUGAAGCUGAAUCUGUGCAGACGCUAACUGCAGAUGAAGCCGACUCAGCGCAGACGCUAACAGUAGAUGAAGCCAAAUCAGCGCAGACGCUAACUGCAGAUGAAGCUGACUCAGCGCAGACGCUAACAGCAGAUGAAGCCGACUCAGCGCAGACGCUAACAGCAGAUGAAGCCAAAUCAGCGCAGACGCUAACAGCAGAUGAAGCCAAAUCAGCGCAGACGCUAACAGCAGAUGAGGCCGAACAUGAGCAGACACUUAAUGCAGAUGAAGCAGACUCAGCGCAGACGCUAACAGCAGAUGAAGCAGACUCAGCGCAGACGCUAACAGCAGAUGAAGCAGACUCAGCGCAGACGCUAACAGCAGAUGAAGCAGACUCAGCGCAGAUGCUAACAGCAGAUGAAGCUGAAUCUGCGCAGAUGCUAACAGCAGAUGAAGCUGAACAUGGGAAGACACUUAAUGCAAAUGAAGCCGAAUCUGCGCAGAUGCUAACAGCAGAUGAAAUCAAAACUGAUCGGAUGCUAGCAGCAGACACAGAUGAACCUGCGCAGACGCUAACAGCAGAAACGGCAGCUCCGCCCAGCAGCAGUGGAGAGCAGGAGUCUGCAGCAGCAGCAGCGGAGGAUGAGGAUGGUGAUGAUGAUGAGGAGGACACAAGAGUGAGCCGGACUCCACGCAGAGGAAGAUCAUCCAGAGCGGCUGAAGCUCCGCAGAGAGAAACACGCUCUGCUUCACAACCCAAAGAGGUGGAGCCAGCUGUGGAGGAGGAGCCAAAAGAGCAGAGCCGCAGGGGUCGACGCUCCGCAGCUCAGACUAGAGACACUCCAGCGGUGAAGCCUGCGCUGAAGAGGAAGAGGUCUGAUGAGGAGCUGAAGGAGGAUCCAGAACCCUCCGCUAAACACAGGAGAGACGCAGUGAGUCCAGCUGGAGAUCAGGAUGCCAGCAAAGCCAGUGAUGAAGAGGAGGAGCGCAAGGAGGAGGAGGAGGAGGAGACCACAGAGGACCAGCAGCGGAAACCCGCUCGCCGUGGACGACCUUCUAAAGCGUCCUCCGCCACUGAUGACUCGGACACUGGAGCCUCAGAGAAGAGAGAUGGGGAAAAAGAGGAAGAUGAAGAAGAAGAGAAGAAGAGUCGAGCGACGACCCGUGCUGCGUCACGUCUGGAGGCCGAGAGGAAUAAACCCAGCAAACCCUCGACACGAGCCCUGAGCAAACUGAGCAAAGAGGAGAACACACCACACACACGGUCUGUGAGGGGCCGUAAGCGUGACCCCAGCCCCCCAGUUUCUCGAACUCGUGGAGGACAGAAAUCUGAAGAUCCAGCAGCCAAACGAGCCAAACGAUGAGUCCAGCGCAGACAUCCCAUAAUACCCAUUUUAGUUAUCACUGUUUUAAGAUCUGUGUGUGUGUGUGUGUGUGUGUGUGUGUGUGUGUGUGUGUGUGUGUGUGUGUGUGUGUGUGUGUGUGUGUGUCCAAGCAGCUGAUGAUGAUCCAGUGAUGAGUGUGUAAAUACGACGUUCAUUUCUUAAACUCUGCUUUUUUAUGAGUGAUGCAAGUGUGUGUGUGUGUGUGUGUGUGUGUGUGUGUGUGCGUGUGCGUGUGCGUGUGCGUGUGCGUGUGUGCGCGCGUGUGCGCGUGUGCGCGUGCGCGCGUGUGUGUGUGUGUGUGUGUGUGUGUGUGUGUGUGUGUGUGUGCGUGUGCGUGUGCGUGUGUGCGCGCGUGUGCGCGUGUGCGCGUGCGCGCGUGUGUGUGUGUGUGUGUGUGUGUGUGUGCGUGUGCGUGUGCGUGUGCGUGUGUGUGCGUGUGUGUGUGUGUCAGCAGAGAGAUGCUCAUUCUGUGAAUGUCAUCAUUUUUCCAUGUGAUGUUUUUACCUUUCUAUGAUAAACUCCAGUGUGGAUCUGCUC